AUGGCUGGCUACAAGCUCCGCGAGAACCGCGUCCCUUACUACCAGGCGCUCUUCCAAGAAGGUGCUAAGAAACACAUUCGUCAAUGGAACCAAACUUCUAGAAGCAGGGUCCUGCUCUACCCAUACUAUGUCGCCCUUUGGGGAGGUUUUGCUGGAUCCAUGUACAUGAUGACGCGAAUGGUUUUUGGACACAAGACUUGGUUCGGCAAGGGAUAG